AUGGUCCCAUUGGAACACAGACCACCAGACUCACUGAGCACCAUGACGGGCAGCAUCAAGGGACUGGAGAGGUUUGACAGCCCGGGGAAAGGCCGUGGUCUCCGGGUCCUCAAGGCGCACAAAGUCGGGGAUCUGCUCUUCUCUUGUCCCGCGUAUUCCUCAGUUUUGGCGGUGGAGGAAAGGGGGGACUACUGCGCGUUCUGCUUCAACAGGAAAAAGGAUCUUGCAAGAUGUGGCAAGUGCAAGAAAGCUUUCUACUGCAAUGCCAAAUGUCAGAAAGCAGACUGGAUCAUGCACAAGCUGGAAUGCUCAGCAAUGGUUGCUUUUGGAGAGAAAUGGUGUCCGUCUGAGAUCACCAGGCUGGUCGCUCGGAUCCUUGUUAAAAAGAAGUCACAGAAAGAACCAUGUUUAUCAGAGAAGAUGAUGCAACUAGGAGAGAUGCAAUCACAUCUGGAUGAUAUGGACAGUGAGAAGAGACAGACGAGCGAAUCUGACAUGGCACAACUGCAUCACUUCUACUCCAAGCAUUUAGACUUCCCUGACCACCAAGAGCUGCUCCAUCUGUUCUCCCAGGUUUCUUGCAAUGGUUUCACUAUUGAGGAUGAAGAACUGUCCCAUUUGGGAACGGCAGUCUACCCAGACGUAGCCCUCUUAAACCACAGCUGUCUUCCAAAUGCCAUCAUCACUUUUAAAGGGACGUCAGCAGAAAUCAGGGCUAUAAAGGUCAUGAAACCUGGAGACGAGGUCUUCAUCAGCUACAUCGACCUCCUGUAUCCAACAGACGACCGCAACAACCGUCUGAGUGACUCCUAUUUCUUUAUUUGUAAAUGCCAGGAGUGCAAGAGCAGGUCCCAGGACAAGCUCAAACUAAAAGUCCAGAAACGUAGCAAGAAGGAGGAUGUGAGCAGCAUGGAGCAUUAUGCCAGGAAAGCCAUCCAAGAAUUCAGAGCGGCAAAAAUCUGCAAAACCCCUAGUGAGCUGCUGGAUAUCUGCGAGCAGAGUCUGGAGAAGAUGGGCUCCGUGUUUGAGGAGUCUAAUGUCUACAUGCUGCAUGUAAUGUACCAGGCAAUGGGCGUGUGUUUGUUCAUGGAGGACCUGGAGGAAGCUAUAAGAUAUGGACAAAAGUUAAUCAAACCAUACAGCCAGCUUUACUCUCCCCUCUCUCUGAAUCUGUCCUCCCUCUUCUUGAAGCUUGGUAGACUGUACCUGACAGUGGACAAACAUCCAGCUGGGGUUAACCUUCUGAAAAAGGCAAUGGCGAUAAUGGAGGUAGUCCAUGGGAAAGACCACCCUUACCUGGCAGAGCUGAGCAAACAGAUGAAGCAAAAAUGA